GGGGACGCCAGGCCAAGGGUUUUGCUAGGGAACACUGUUGUUGCCCCGCCCCUUUCGGGGCUUUUUGUCCCGUUAACUGUCGGAGUGGCGGGGGCUCCAGCGCCGGGCGACAUGCCGGUGCGCUUCAAGGGGCUGAGUGAAUACCAGAGGAACUUUCUGUGGAAAAAGUCAUAUUUGUCAGAGUCCCGUAAUUCCUCAGUGGGGCGAAGGUACCCAUGGGCUGGACUUAGAUCAGAUCAAUUAGGAAUCACGAAAGAGCCAAGUUUUAUUUCAAAAAGAAGAGUCCCUUACCAUGACCCACAGAUUUCAAAAUCUCUUGAGUGGAAUGGAGCUAUUUCCGAGAAUGAUGUGGUUAUAUCACCAGAACCUAAAGCCCCAGAAACACCCGAAUCACAAGAGGCAGAGCAAAAAGAUCUUAACCAAGAAAGAGUUCUUGCACUAGAACCCUCCAGGGUUCCCAAGAGAACCAGAUCUCACUCUGAAGACUCCAGAGCUGAAGGGGCUUUAGAUAUUGUGGAAAAUAAUAAGAAUGUAAUAGCAAAUCACAUACCAGUUAAUGAAAAUGUUGAACUGGAACAUUCUACCAAGCUUCUCUCAGAAAACGUAGAUAAUAGGUUGGAUAGACAUCUGCAGAAGAAAGCUGGAUUGACUGUUGUUCCUUCACAUAAUGUCUUGAGGAAUUCUGAAUAUCAAAGACAGUUUGUUUGGAAAACCCCUAAAGAAACCGCUCCAGUUUUUGCAGCCAAUCAGGUUUUCCACAAUAAAAGCAAAUUUGUUCCACAAUUCAAAGGUAACUCAAUCAUCCAUGAAACUGAAUACAAAAGAAAUUUCAAGGGUUUAUCUCCAGUGAAAGAACCAAAAUUAAGAAAUGAUUUGAAAGAGAACCGACAUUUUGAAACAAUUUCUCCUGAGAAGUGUAAUAGUACAGACAAUCCUUUAAAAUUAGAAGCAAAGAUGGCAUCAAAAGACUUAAACCAGCCUAAAAAGAAGAUCAUUCCAUGGAGACAUCAAAGGCUUGGGAAGGUGAAUUCUGAAUAUAGAGCAAAAUUUCUGAGCCCAGCUCAGUAUUUAUAUAAAGCUGGGGCUUGGACACGUGUGAAGGAAAACAUACCAAAUCAGGGUUCUGUAAAUGCCAUGUGGUAUGCGGAGGUUAAAGAACUCCGAGAGACGGCUGAGUUUUAUAGAAAACGACUUCAGGGAACACAUUUUUCUCGGGACCAUAUGAAUCAGAUUCUGUCUGAUAACAACUGCUGUUGGGAUGUUUCCUCAACCACGAGCUCAGAAGGAACCAUUAGUAAUAACAUUAGAGCACUAGAUCUUGCUGGAGAUCCUAUAAGCCAUAAGACUUUGCAGAAAUGUCCUUCUACAAAACUAGAAGAAAAAAGACCUGUCUUGGAAGAACAGCCCCAGAAAAAUACCAUGGAGAAAUUGGGUGUGUCAGAUGCUCCCACCAUACCUGUUAGAAGGCGUCUGGCUUGGGAUGCAGAGAACACCAAUGAAGACAUACAGAAACCGCGGAGGAAGGAGGAGGAGGAAAGGGAAAGGGACAAACAGGUUUAUAUGGGAGAGUUAGAGAAGUUGGAAGUACAUGAAAAAUCUAAGGCAGACAAGAAAGAAGAAGGAUCAGAUUCUUCUUCUGUAUCCUCCGUAAAGGGAGGCAGGCUUCCUACCCCGAAGCUGAGAGAACUUGGUGGAAUCCAGAGAACUCAUCACGACCUUACCACUCCAGCUGUUGGUGGGGCUGUUUUGGUGUCUCCAUGUAAAGCGAAGCCUCCAGUUCCAGAGCAGAGGAAGAGAGUGUCCUCUCAGGAUGUUUUAGAAACUUCAAAGGGUGAUUUUAAGAAGAAAGAAGGUCGUGCGAUAGCCCUCCCAACUUCUCCAGCUGCUGGUAUAAAAACACUUGAUCCCCUGCCUUUGAGAGAAGAUUCUGAUAUCAAUAUCCCCAGAUUUGCUAAGGCAAAUCCAGUUUCAAAAAAUCCAGAACAUCCAACAAACACUCCUGAAGAGUCGCCUUCUCCACCCUGUGCUCCAGCGUACUGGCAUUCCUCUCGUCGAAUUCAGGGCUCUCUGAGAGACCCAGAAUUUCAGCAUAAUGUGGGAAAAGCAAGGAAGAACAAUUUCCAGUCACCUCAACAUGAAGCCUUUAAUGAUGAAGAUGAGGACAGAUUAUCUGAGAUUUCAGCUCGUUCUGCAGCUUCAAGUCUCCAGGCUUUUCAAACUCUGGCACGAGCUCAGAAAAGGAAGGAGAAUUUCUGGGGUAAAACAUAAUUAAAUAUGCACCUAGUUGAGUUGCUUUUUUUCUAGGGAACCAUUGGCACAGUUUUUCUUUAUUGCUUUACUAUGUUAAGAUUUUUCAAGCGUUUGGAUUUUUUCUAACAUUUCCUGCUUACGAAGAAUUAUUUGAUUUUUCAAUAGCCAAUCAGUUUACCUGGAAAAUUUUAGCACAAGUUCAUACAAAUUUAACUGUUAAAGAAUUCUUUUUACAUCAAUCCCAAAGUAGAAAGACAUAGAUUAUAUAGUUCUUCACAUGUUCUAACUUUUGUAUUAGGUGUUAGGGAUAGCUGGUAGAAUUGUGAAUUCUGUCUAUCCAGAGAAUAUUGUAAAAAGUGAACAAAGUGAAGUAAAAAUUAAGAUUCAAGUAUGUAGUAUAUAUUUCCCUAAAAUUGGUUCUAUGUAUCUUUAUAAUUGUGGAUGUCAAAAAAUGAAUUUUUUGUUCCUUUAACUUUUUCUGUAGUGCUUUGUUUUAGUACCUUCUGUAUGUGGUUACAAUAUUAAGAUAAUUUUAUUUUAGAUUGAAAAUACCGGCUGUAUAUAUUUUUCCUAUUUAUGUAACAAAGUUUGCUAAGAGAAUAUGUAUAUUUUUUAUCUUUGUGUACAUUCUAUUUGUACAAGGACUGGCUUACAUUUGAAUAAUGUCUGAACUUUGAAAAAUUAUUUGUAUAAUGGAGAACUAAAAAUUUGUAGACAUUGCAAAAUAAAAAUUG